AUGAAUAUCUCUUAUAUUUUCGUUCAAUACAAAGCUGUUAUUUUCUUAAGUCUAUUCAUUUAUGUUCUCUUCUGGUUAAUCAUAACAAUCCUCAAAGAAGCGCCGAUUGAAAUUGUCCAUGAAUACGAUACUUUUACAUCGAAUCUGGAUUUUAUUCUUAUAUAUUUAUCGAAAUGUCACAUUAAUCUUCUACUAAUUGAUCCGCUCGUGCUUGAUUAUCUCUUCGUUCAACAGUUAUCUUAUAAACAAUUGCGAAAGCGUUUGAUUACAUUUGGUAUUUUCAAUGAUUCUCUACGAUUACUUGAACCAAUUUUUUCCGUUAACAACUUCUCCGUGAAACUUUCCAACAGUGAUCAUGUCUUCAUCGAGUACGAUCAACAAAUCGUACAUUUGGCUGUUCUCCACCUACAAAAUUCCUAUUUUCUUAUUCGAAAAAACCUUCUACCGUUGCCGAGUGAUGUUCUCCUUUCAUAUGGUGAUACACUCCGUGUAAUCGAACCGCAAGAAGCAAAAUUUCGAAGAAGAAAAUACCGAUUUUCAUCUCCGCAGAAUGCCUCACAUUUUCUCUGGCUGUACAAUAUAUCAGAAUUUAUUGAAUGUGAUCAUGCAUUGACAAAAGAAAUGGAAACAAACUAUCACCUGUAUCAGAAUACUAGUCAAUUAGAUUUAACCAUUCGACCGAUGAGAAUGAUUUCUAAUGCAUUGAACCAGUUGGAAAAACAUCAUUGGCUCGCCGGUGGCACUCUGCUUGGUUGGUAUCGCCAUUGUGGACUAAUACCAUAUACUCAAGAUGUGGAUUUCGGUCUGUUUGCGGAGGAAUACGAUGAAAGUAUUCGUCAAUAUUUUCUCGGCAAUUCUCAUGUUUAUCUAUGGGGAACGUUGGGACUGGUUAACGAUUCAUUGGAAUUUCGAUUACACACGGGUCAGUUCACAUUCGAUCUGUUUUGGGCGUAUCGCGAAGACGACCAUCGAUGGUGUGGGUAUCAAGUGAAACGUGUGAAAUACCGACGAAUCAUACCAUUACUGGCAAAACUUUGUUCGGGUGAUUUAUUCGGUUAUCGUUUUACUGUUCCCUGUUCGCCAAUUGAUUAUCUCAAUAAUGAGUAUGGUUACAAUCUCUGGCGAAAACCAUUAGAGAAGAACUAUACGUGGAUUAAUGUGAAGUAUCAUUCAAUUUGGGAUGAUACCCUAUGGAUGUAUGCUAUACGUUUGUAUACACGUGAUGGCAAACCUCGCACAGAUAAAUAUGCCAUCAACUGGAUUGCGAAUCAAUUGAAUUCUUCACCACAAAUGUUGUCAACAAUUCGGAAUAUUUUAUUAAGAAAUUCUCUUAACAAUUGA